AUGAAAAAUUCUACUGAUACUCCUAGUUCUGCUACUUAUGAUAAUGAAGAUACAAUAAGAUUAAAUAGCUCAAUGAUAACUUCUUCUCCAAUCAUGGGAAAUUCAAAAUAUGAUCAUCAGGUUGUUCAAUAUCAGCAACAAUUACAGCAUCAAAAUUUAAAUCAAAAUCAACAGCUUUUAUUACUACAACAACAGCAACAACAACAAAUCCAAUUUCAUGGUCAUUAUCAGCAACCACAACCUCAUGUUGAUCUUCAACGACUUGCACAAUUUGAAACCAAUGAUCAAGAUUUAUAUCAAUUUGAGAAUUUGGGACAAUUUAAUCCUUUACCGCCACCUCCAAUCUCGAGAAAUAAAGCUCCAAGUAUUAGUUCAACAUUUCUGGGAGGAUCAAAUUCUUACGAUUUAUCGCCAACUGCAGGAAUAAGCAAUCCAAUUAUUUCCACCAAUCAUCACGAUAACGCUGCAUCACAAAUACUACAGCAAAAUGAUGAAGAUUUUCAGUCUAAUGCUCCACAUUAUUCAUUCUUUUCUCAUCAGAAUGGGGUGAAUUCAAAUAAUUCAUUACCACUUCAAAAUAAUAGUCAUAAUACCCAUAACAAUUUUCAAAAUAAUAAUAAUAGCAAUACUAAUAGUGCUUUAUUUAAGUUGAAUAUGGAAUCAACACCAGAUCUUUUAAGUCAAAAUAUGUCAUUAAACCAAUCAGAAUUGAUGUAUAAUUUAACUGAAUUUGAUGUUGUUAACCCAUCCCUUGAUUCAAUCCCUGAUUCAAUGAUUUACAGUCACCAGAAUACAAGUUUAAAUUCUAUUUCUAAUCACCAUAAUAAUAAUAACAACAGUAAUAUGAUAAAUAACAAUAAUAUUCUUGGUAAUCUCAAUGAAUCAAAUGCUAUAUCUUAUUCAAUAUCAGCAACUAAUGAAAUAUCCCAAUUUCCUUAUACUCCAACUUUAAGUGAUGUUUAUACCCCUACACUUUCAGAUUCAAGUUUUACUCCAAAUUCUACAGUUAAUACAAAUUACCCUCUUCAAGGUUCAUUCGAAGAUCAGAGUUUAAGAGCUCCGACUCCCCAUUACAGUUCAUCCAAUACUACUAAUAAAAUUUCUAAAAAGCCUUCAUUAUCAAGAUUGAACAAUUCAAUGGUUAAUAAUAAAAAGAAUUUAAUUAUUCAAACUCAUCUUGCUUCAUCUACUUCAAAUCUUUCAAGUAGUACUCCAUUAAGUGAAUCUUCUCCAAAAGUUUCACCAUUAAGUAAUAAAUAUAAAGGAUUAGAGAAUAAUCAUAACAGUGGAAAUCAUUAUCAAAAUAGUUCUACUACUAGAUCUUUAUCUAAUUAUUCUACAUCAUCUACAACUUCAACUAAUACAAAUUCGGCUAGUGCUUAUCCUCCAUUGAAUGUAUUUCGUCACAACUCAGAUGCUUCUUCAACUGCUUCUACAAAAAAUUCUGAAAUUAAUGUUACUACAUCAAAUAUUACAGUUUCAACUCCCGUCAAAGCGUUAAGUACCCCACGCCGCAAAACUUAUCCAAGCUUAAACGAAAUAUCUUUAAAGAAAUCAAACAAGAAUUUAAGAAAAAUUCCUCUGAGAGAUUCUGUUAUUAUGCAAGAUGGAUCAAAAAAUUCGAGUAGAGAUAGUUUUACCAGUCAUAGCAGUGAAGAUGGAAUUAAUGAUACACCAACAGGUAAGGCUAAAAAAUACACGAGAAGAAGGUUAUUGCCAAGAUCUAAAAAUGGUUGUUGGAUCUGUCGUAUAAAGCAUCUUAAAUGUGACGAAGUUAGACCUCAUUGUGCAAGUUGUCUUAAAUUUGGAAUUGAAUGUGAUUAUAGCAAGGAUAAGCCAGACUAUGUCAUCGAUAAACAAUUGAGGUUACAAAAAUUAGACGAAUUAUCAUUAAUUAGGAAACAAAACCAAGUAGCUACUAAAAAUCAGAAAAAUAAAUUAAAAGCUGGAUUUAAUGAUCAAUUCCAAAAUUUUGCUACCCCUUCACCUCAUCCAUCUUCGAAAUCUCAAUACUUCAGUUAA